GCUAAAAUGAGUGAUGAGGACAAACUUGGAAAAGAACUCUGUGAUCUGACAAAUCAGGCACAUCGGGAUUAUGAGAAAGAAGGACAAAAGAUGAUUCAGUUGGGGGAUCUUUACAAGGGAAUGUGUUCUAAUAACUCCAAGAAGCAUGAACAUUAUGUCAAUGCCGUGGCACUUUAUAAAGGGGCUUUGGCAUGCAAGUCUGUGGGAAAAAAGAAUCAAAAUAUUGAGCAAUACCAACAAUGGAUUCAAAUGUUAUGUGAUGAAGUUGAGAUGAUGUACCUCAAGAAUAUACUUGGCAAUUUACCCACUACCCAAGAUGCAUCUGCUGGUAUUGAGAGAGGUAUGUCAAAAACAAAUGCGCAGGGAAAUCCCAAAGAAGGGUUGAAUUCCUACAGAUCCAGUCUUAAAGUAAAGAUGAAGGACACAGUAGAUUUAAUGAUGGAGUGGCCAAAGGCUGACAAUGGACCAAAUCCAGAGUAUGAGGAAUGCCUCAACCAAAUGAUAAGAUCUAUAUGUGGAGACAACACAAGUUUCAUGAAAGAAUUCAUUUCUGGGUUAAUGGAGAAAAGCAUUGCUGUAUGUGGACCCCCACCCUGUAAAUUCACUAUGGUGGGACUGGGGUCUCUUGCAAGAGGUGAAAGCACCCCCUACUCUGAUCUAGAAUAUCUGUUCUUAACAGAGAAUAAUAGGCAUGAUGAAUAUUUCCUUAAUCUCCACUUCUACUUUCAAAUAAAAGUGCUCAACUUGGGAGAGACCCCUCUAACUGUAUUGGGAAUAAAGGGGCUAAAUGACUUCUACAAAGAAAAAGAGAAACUGUCACAUGUAUUUUUUGAUGAUACAACGCCUAGUGGGUUUAAGUUAGAUGGCAAUAGACCAUGGGCAUCUAAAUUACCACCUGGUCAUGAGGGAACAGAAAGAAAAGAACCAAUCAAACUAAUUGGAACACCUAAGUACAUGGCUGAGCUUAGUACCCUAGAAGCUGAUAAGAAAAAUGGCUAUCACCUAGCAGCUAUCAUCUCCACAGCAACAAAGAUAAUGGGGGAUGAGGAGUUGUUCCAGGAAUUCAGAGUUGAACUAGCUAGGGUCAGAAAACAAGAGAACACUGAGAUGAUGUUCAAAACUUGUAUUGAGUGAUGGAGGAAGAUUGCACUAAAUAUAAAAUAAGACGUGAUUUUAACGUAUAUUUCACUCGAAAUGCCAAACUAGACUAUUAUAGAUUUCCUUCAAUCAUGGUCAAUAAUUUGAAAGAUUUGUUUCAGAUUGAUAAAACAUCGCCAUGGGAGAUCAUUGAUGAAUUAGAAAUAUUCAUUGGUAAGGAAAAUUGUUCCCACUUGUUGCUGAUGGUCAAUUUUGUCAUUGGAGUUAGGCUGUUCACAUACUGCGUGAAGAACCAGCAGCACGAUGCUAUUCAUAUAUGCACAGCUACACGACACUUAUCUGGUGCACAUUUACAAGAUGUUUUGAUGGACACUACAGCAUCCUCUAGGGAUGUCAUUACGAUUCCAUUCACCAACUUGCUACAGCAUUUCUUCCUCAGGUACAUGAGCUGUUCCUUAUCUGUCCCUGCAAGACUAAAAGAUGCAGCAAACAAGAGUCCCAGUAGUUUUAAACAGCUGAUGCAAGGAUGUCCAAUGUACUGUGGAUGUAAAUACUGCAUCCUGUUAGCAAAAUUAUUAACAAACUUUCAGGCUGAUGAUGUCAUUGAUAAGGUAGAUGUAGUGCUGAAAUCUAUAGAAGAAUCAUGGCACCACAAAAUAGAACCUGCUGAUAGAGCUAGAGAUAUAGUAUUUGGAAUCAUCCAGAAGUGGUAUCUUGAAAUAGAAGAUUAUCAUUCAAUACUGAAGCUUCUCCAGGAUGAGCUCCAGUCAAAUCAACAUCUUACCAGCAGCGAAAAAGCAAACCUUUUAUAUUACACAGCUGAAUGUCAAACGAAGCUGGAAGAAUACCCUACAGCACUAACAUCUAUUGAGGAAGCUAUAAAGAUGUCUCCAGCAAGUGAUCUCUUUGCGCAUAUGAUGCUGAAGGCUGAGAUUCUACACAAACUGCAGGACUACACACAACUUGAGAAGUGUUGUAAGCGCUCCAUGGAACUUCAAUCUCAAUGUGUGCCAAAGUUAAAUGUGACCAAAGACACACUCGAGAUAUAUUACUACUACACUGAUGCCCUUAUACAGAACAAAGAGUUUGAAGCUGCACUGGGUUACCUGGAAAAGGCCAAGUCUCUGUGUAAGCAAGGGGAGGAGAUUCACUGGACAUUUAAACAGUUCCUCCAGAGAAUGAUAACCUGUUUCAUAGCCUUGGGAAAACAGGACAAUGCUGAAUAUAUCAGAAAACUCUUGGAACAACAUAAGAACAAGUGAACAUAUCAUCAAUACUCCUAUGAGAGAUGUUUUAUCAAUAUGAUGUAAAUCUUUCAAGAUGAAAGUAUUAAACUUACUAUAAAGACACAUAGGUAAAUAUAUAUUUAGCAUUCAAUCUGUAAGAUAAUAAAAUGUUUAAUACCUUGUUCAUCAAGGUACAUCUUGUAAGGUACAUCAAGUGUAUUUUCUAAUUUGAGAAUUAACAAUAUGUUGGACACUGAAAGAAACCAUGCUAAAUUAUAUUAUACAAAUGAACAGUUGUGAAUGACAAUUCAUAUAAGAAACACCCUGCAAGUUGACAAUUUCUAAAAAAUCCUGUACCUGAUGACUUCAUGUUAAUAAUUAACAUCUGUAAACAAAAAAGGCAUUCCAUUUACACAGGUUUUACUGCAAAUGUUUUUGUAAAAUAUCUUGCAUCAAGCUCUUGUACAAAUAUACAGACCUUCUACACAAGGUACAAAAAUAGGUAAUGGGGUUGGAGGUGCUGCGCUGAGGCUUGAUGCAAGACUAUAUCUACAUAUGUACAGUUUAAAUGAGGCUAGGUGCAAGGCUGUACCUAGAUAUGGACAGUUUAAAGUUAGAAUGAGAGAUAAAGAGAGUGACAGCUACAUUACAGUGCAAACAAUUGCACUAUUUAUGAUUUUGUAAAUGAUGUGUACUUUGGUAUUUCAAAUCAAUUAUCAUUAAAAGACAGUGUUCCCUUGAAUAUUAAAUUUUGAUAUUUAUAGGGAUACCAAGGAAUGACAAUGAAUGGUCAGUCAAAAGAAACUGAAGGCACAGAGUUUGGAACAGUUGUCCUCUAUCUCCGAUUCUACCCUUAAAUUAAUUUUGUAACAGUGUAUGUUCAGUAAUAUAUCCUUCUUGUAAGCCUAUUGCCAUCUUGUUGUGGUCAAUACUGUGAAAAGGUUUUGAUAUGGUCAAAAUGCCCAUUUAGUGUGUAAUUCAUUUCUAGUAGGCUUUCAAGAUGCUUGAUGUAAUCAAUAUCACAUGAAGCUUGCUUAUAAUAUAAAUAUAGAAACAUAGCACAAAGUUGCUAAAACUUGUCUCCUUAUGGGGGAAUUGGGCAUAUUAAGACAUGAUAAAACCAAAGACAUUGUCUGUGGUAUAAUAUUAAUAUAUCAGUAAAAACCUGUGGCACAGGUAUUCAUCUCAAUAGAAUUAAAAAUAUUUAUAUGUUUUAUAUUGUAUCUAAUAUCUUCAAGUUCAAUAUCAAAAUGUUCAGUCCAAUAUCUACAUGUUGUAAUAUCAAAAUUUUCAGUUUACUAUCUAGAUGUUCAGUUUAAUAUAAAAAUCUUCAGUUUAAUAACUACAUGUUCAGUUAAGUAUCAACAUGUUCAGUUUAAUAUCUACAUGUUCAGUUAAAUAUCUACAUGUUCAGUUAAAUAACUACAUGUUCAGUUUAAUAACUACAUGUUCAGUUUAGUAUCA